AUGGCGAAAGCGGUUCCGGUGCACGUCAAGGACAUUCGCGAACAGGCCAAGUCUGCCUCUCUCCGUGCCGUCGCUGGCUUUGCCCCGUUGAAUAUACUCAACUCGGCUCAUUCCAUUGCCGAUGCCGGUCUUGCACUCGAGCACGAUGGCGAUCUGCGAGGCGCCCUCUACAAGUAUUCCCAGGCUGCCAUAUUACUCGAGUAUGUUAUGGGAUCCGCAGAGUACAAGCACGAGUCUCCUAAAUCCCAACGGGGAGUCCUCUAUCAUCAAACUACCAAACUGAGCGAGUUUGUUAUUGGUGAUAUACUCCCCCGCGCAAAGAAGAUUGAAGACCGUCUGCGCGAGAUUGAGCGCACCCAGCCACCGUCGCCCGCAGCUGCUGAGCCCGACUCGAGACCCAUCGGUUCGCUUCGUGAGCGUAUGCGCAUGCUCGAACAGGCUGGCAUGGACGUCGGCAACCAGCCACAGCGGCCCCAGAAACCGCCGAAACCUACCAUCGAGCCCGCGUCCAAACCUCUCGUUAGCCCAGAUCCAUCUCCGAGACCAAACGAUAUGACCAAGCCCAGUUCCCCACUUCUUCCACUCGAAUCUGCCUCUCCACCAGCCUCGCGCGGAACGAGUUCUAUCCAGCAUGAACUCGAGUUUCUUAACAAUAUUACCGCAAACGGAGGUCCUCCAUCUUUGAAUGGAGCAGCUCCUGCCCAGAUCCCCACCCUUCCUUCUCAGCGUAUCACCCCCGACCGGAUCGUCCACGACGACAAUGACGAUCCCGCCUCUCCCCCCACUCCAAACCUCCCCAUCCCCUAUUUCCCGCACCCGCAGUCCCGCAGCAUGUCCCUGAACAUCCCCUCGCCUACGACCAACAACCACGGCAGCCCGAACCCGAGCCCAAGUGACACCCGACCUCCCCGCCUGUUCCGCCAAGGCUUACCCCGACCAAUACGGGCGGAACCUCUCCCGCCCUCGCCCCGCUUUCGCGCUCCAUUACGGGCGAUCGAGAAUGGUCGGGCUCGAUCAACGGGGACAGAGAUAGGGCAGGCUCGAUUACGGGCGACAGACCGCGCACCCCCCAGCACACCGGGACGAACGGUACCGGAUCGGGCGGACGGAAUUUACCCCUCUCUCCGCUCGCGACAGGCGGCUCAACCGCAACGGGCGGUUCACCCAUGUCUCGGCCUGUCCGAGAUUGACGAACAACAACGGCCGCCUAAACAGCGAAGCGCGACCACCGAGGAGUUCGAGGCCGCUUUCCCCUCGAUCGACGAUAUCGAGGCUAAUUUCCCGUCCUUGGAUGCGUUGGAGAACGAUGCGGAGAUGCGGCUUUUAAAGUUAGGCGUGCCUGGAGCGCCCCCCGGCCGAACGGCGUCUCCAUCCGGCGGAAUGGGCGGGAUGGGCCCCGCACCUUCCCUUGGAUUCGAAUUCGGCCAACAACAGAAUCAACAAAUCCUAUCCCGAGACCGUUCCCCAAUGCGAUACCCGACCUCGAGGGCACACCUCGUCCAGCGUCCACGCCCGCCAACGGUGCGCGCCGGGGAUCACCUUUGGGAGCGCCAAGCCCCAGUCUCCACACGCUCCAUCUACGUCGGCGUCCGCAUCCGCAUCCACCCCGACCGAACCCAAAUCAGACAAGCUGCCCAAGCCGGAUUUGCCCAUCACAAACACGAUCACGGCCAGGAUGAAUACGAGUCGCGGAGGCUCCCGGUCGAUAAUGUCGUUUGCAUCGAGCCGAUUGUGUUGGGCCGGAAAGGGAUGUCGGCCAAGGAGCUCCAAGAAGCGCUCGUCCUUUCGUCCAAGACCGAACGCACGCUCUUUGAACGACGAAACACAUUCGACUUGGUCGUCCUUGCCGACGCGUCGUCGACCGAAUUCGCAGACCCGUCGACCCCGCUCAAUCUCUUGUUCCGGAUCAUCUACGAGACUGAGUUUUUGAAACCCCUGAGGAGGCCCCCGGUCUUUCUGCAUGGCGGGAUCAAGGCGUGGGGCGACCAAGUGGGCGAGUUCAAGGGCGAAGACGUGGUCGUUGCGACGAACGCAGAUGCGGGGAAGAGAUUGGCUCGGAAACCCGCCGUGUCGGGUCGUCCCGCAUCGGGAUCGGUAUCGCAUACGAGGAUGCCUCAGGACGUAGGUCUGGCCGGUUCGUCAUUUGGUACAUCAGUCCGCACGCCCAUCACAUACCCCGAGCGAGCCGUCUCACCACCCACAUCAAGCGGCACACCCGCCCACUCCCAGCGUCCGCUCGAAGACAUGAUGUCCCCUCCUCCCCCCGCCAACGCCGGAUACUUUGAACACCCGCACCACCACCAUGCGUAUUCCGGCUCGGUCGCGCUGAGCACCACCCGCCCCGUCUCGAUCGACUACCCGAACCUCAUACGCCCUCCCCGGUCGCGGCCACCCCCGCGAUGGAGCGCGCCGACUCCCGGCCGCGCAUCCCGCAGCCGCCCAAGCCGCCGUCGAUCCAGCCGGACUACUCGUGUUAUUGACGAUAGGGGCCCGGGUAGAAAUCGAUAUGCGCGCACGCUCGACAGUUUGCCGGGUCGGAGCAACACGACGCCCAAGAAUUUUGCUUUUCCUAUUGGACGGAUACACGAAGACCUGAAUCGAAUCAUCGUCAAACCGCAGUUCGAGGAGCUCACGCCCGAGCGAGAGGCUGAGCUCGAGGGAAUGCCAAAGCAGCUCGCGGGUGCGCACGAAUGGGCGAGGUACAAGCGUCGAAACGAUAGUAUCGUCGUGGACUAUUUCCAAGGCCAGUUUUGCAACCAGAUGCAGUGUUUGACGUGUGGGCAGACGAGUACGACGUACAAUGCAUUUUUGAACUUGUCGGUUCCGAUCCCCGCGAACAAGGGCGUUACCAAAGUGUCCUUGGACGAGUGUAUCAAGGCACUGGUCGGGCGGGAAGUCAUGGACAACGCAGACGCAUGGCACUGCCCACGCUGCAAAACCGCCCGCCGGGCCGCAAAGCAACUUACGUUCUCGCGCAUGCCCCCGGUAUUAAUUAUCCACCUCAAACGAUUCUCGUUCAAAGGUCCAUUCACCGAUAAACUUGAAACGCUCGUCGAUUUCCCGCUCAAAGACUUGGACUUGACGAAUUAUAUGCCUCCGCCGUUGACGCCCAAUAUGGACAAGGACGGAUUGGAGCGGUUCUCACCGCAGGACCCGAGGGCGCAAAUUCCGCCGUACAAGUAUGAGCUGUAUGGCGUCGCGAAUCAUUUUGGCAGUUUGAGCAGUGGGCAUUAUACCGCGUUUGUCAAGUCUCGCGGAAAAUGGAUGUAUUGCGACGAUAGUAGGAUUACACCCGCUGAGCCCAAAGAAGUAGUCGGUAAACCAGCAUAUAUUCUAUUCUACAAACGAGUCCCUCCCGGAUCAUAA